UUCCUCCCCCCUCCGACCCACCCUGCCUCCUCCCAAGUCCCACCAGCAUCCCACCAUGCUCUGCUCCUCCCCUGCUCCUCGUGCUCACAAACCCAGCUCGCAUUAAACCGCACGCGCGCCCCACAUCACCUCCCAUGACCCGGAUCCCCACCUCUUCCCUCCACCACCGAUGGCCGCCGCUGUCCCCCGCUUACUGCCGCUCCUCCUGCUGCUAACGCUGACGGCGCCGCCCGCCGCCGCCGCAGCUGCCUUGGCGACGGCGGCGGCGGCGAAGAACGUGAGUAUCGACUCCGCGACGCUAUCCUUCGCGGACCUCACGCUGCUGGGGGACUCCUUCCUCCGCAACGGCUCCGUCGGGCUCACGCGCGACACCGGCGUGCCGUCCUCCAGCGCCGGCUCCGUCCUCUGCACCCAGCCCGUCGCGUUCCGGGGCCCCAACGCCACCGAUGCCACCGCCGUCGCGUCGUUCGCGGCGAGGUUCUCCUUCGUCAUCGACAACCCCAACGCGGGCGCCGCGGGUGGCGACGGCAUCGCCUUCUUCGUCUCCCCUGGCCGCGCCACGCUCGGCGCCACCGGCGGCUACCUCGGCCUCUUCAAUUCCUCCGGCUCCGCCAAGAACGGGUCCGCCGCCGCCAUCGUCGCCGUCGAGUUCGACACCAUGGCCAACCCGGAGUUCGCCGACACCAGCGACAACCACGUCGGCCUCGACCUCGGCUCCCCGGUGUCCGUCGCCGUGGCCGACCUCGCCGCGUCCGGGAUCGACCUCAGGAGCGGCAACCUCACCACGGCGUGGAUCGACUACCGCAGCGCCGACCGCCGCCUGGAGGUGUUCCUCAGCUACGCCCCGGCCCCCAAGCCCAAGCGCCCCGUCCUCUCCGUCGCCGUCGACCUCUCGCCGUACCUGAACGGCGCCAUGUACGUCGGCUUCUCGGCGUCCACGGAGGGGAGCACCCAGCAGCACACAAUCAAGGAGUGGACCUUCCAGACGUUCGACCUCCCGUCCACGGCCAACUCUUCCUCCUUCGAGUCAAACGCCACCAGCAACUCAUCGGAUCAGGCCGUGCCGACCUCCACCGCCCACCACAAGAGGGUCGGGCUCGCGCUCGGCAUCCUGGGCCCCGUCGCGCUCGCCGUCGCCUUCGUGUUUUUCGCCUGGGUCUCCAUCAGGAAGCUCAUCCAGCUCACCGCCAGGAACGACGGCGCCUUCUCGCCGGAGCUGCUCAAGGGCCCGAGGAAGUUCAGCUACAAGGAGCUGAGCGCCGCCACCAAAGGGUUCCACGCGAGCAGGGUCGUUGGCAAGGGCGCGUUCGGGACGGUGUACAAGGCCGCCAUGCCGGGCGCGGCCACGACGACGACCACCUACGCCGUGAAGCGAUCUACGCAGGCGCAUCAGAGCCGGAGCGAGUUCGUCGCCGAGCUCUCCGUCAUCGCCUGCCUCCGCCACAAGAACCUCGUCCAGCUCGAGGGCUGGUGCGACGACAAGGGCGAGCUGCUGCUGGUGUACGAGUACAUGCCCAACGGCAGCCUGGACAGGGCGCUCUACGGCGAGCCCUGCACGCUGUCGUGGCCGCAGCGGUACACGGUCGCCGCCGGCAUCGCGUCCGUGCUGUCGUACCUCCACCAGGAGUGCGAGCAGCGGGUGAUCCACCGCGACAUCAAGACCAGUAACAUCCUGCUCGACGGCAACCUGAGCCCGCGGCUCGGCGACUUCGGGCUCGCCAGGCUCAUGGACCACAACAAGAGCCCCGUGUCCACGCUCACCGCGGGGACCAUGGGCUACCUCGCGCCGGAGUACUUGCAGUCCGGCAAGGCUACUGAGCAGACCGACGUGUUCAGCUACGGCGUCGUGGUCCUCGAGGUGUGCUGCGGGAGGCGGCCCAUCGACAAGGACGAUAGUGGCGGCAAGAACGUGAACCUGGUGGACUGGGUGUGGCGGCUCCACGGUGAGGACAGGCUCAUUGAGGCCGCGGACGCGCGGCUGGCUGGCGAGUUCGACCGGGACGAGAUGCUGCGGCUGCUGCUCGUGGGGCUGAGCUGCGCGAACCCGAACUGCGAGGAGCGGCCCGCGAUGCGGCGCGUGGUGCAGAUCCUGAACCGGGAGGCCGAGCCAGCGCCCGUGCCACGCAAGAAGCCGCUGCUGGUGUUCAGCUCCAGCGCGUCCAUGAAGCUGCAGGAGAUCGCCUUCUCCUGCGGCGACGACGUCCGGGGUGGCUAUUCGGUCGCCAACCCAACAUCCCCAAAGUCCGAGGGAGGCGACAUUGAACGCUGACACAAAGCAGUUGAUACUUAUACAGAUUUGUUGGUUUGUUGUGUUUCAUAAGGGGAAUAUAGGUAAUAAUCCCCAUUCCUGUCUGCUGCAUGGGUCUUGAAGUGCUUAUGCAGGGUCAUCUACCAAUGUCGGAGGUACUGAUAGUGAAUUACUACUGGUGUGAUUCCUAUAUGUAUUUGUUGUGUGUUUAUGAGGGGAAUAUAGGUAAUAAUCCCCCGCUGUUGUAUGAGUGUUGAAUUACUCAAUAAUUGAGCCAUCCUCUACUACCAAAUUGUUGUUUC